UGGGAAAAUAUCUUGGCAGCUUUUUUAUAUUUUUAGUUUGCAAAUAAUAAAAAUGCAAUAGAAACUACAGUUUGUAAGACAUAGAAAAUGAAGGAUAAAUAUGUUUAUUUGAAAAAUUUAUAGGAAAAACGACUAUUUGUGGAAGCAAAAAUCAUGGAAAUAUAAAAAAAGUUGAUAAAACGAACGAGAUAAUUUCCUGAUAUUGAAUUUCCUGGUUUAUUGCAUUCUAAAGUGUUCCACUUUUCACGUCUUCCUGGAUUUGUUAUUAUUUACAAAUAUUUACAAAUAAUAUGCAAAAAUAAAUAUUACAAAGUAUUUCCUCUUUAUAAAUUCCGCCAAAUCUUAAGCAAGAGAAUUGCUACAAAAUAUUGUGUAAGAAGACGGUAAUUUAAAAAUGUAAACAAUUUCAAUCGGUGCAUAAUCAAAACGUAUAUAUAAGUAUAAAACAGUAUAAAUGAGUCGCACAUUCAAAGAUUUUCGUCCGACUGAUUACACGAAAAAUCUCACUACAAAAACACAUUAAUCUAACUUGUCAGAAAAGACGAGCGCAGGAUGAGAAUCCCAAGGAGCGCUCUAUGCCUGUCGAUCCUGGCGUGUAGCCUCUUGUUGGCGGUGUGCGACAAGCAGCUGCUACCGGAACUGUCAUUCACCCUGUCGGGCUACAGCCUGGACUGGCCAUGUCAAAGUACGAGAAACAUCUACGAGACGAGUGGACGGUACAUCGCCAGGAAUGUCAUCGGCACCAGAGCCCAGGUCUACAGGGAGGACAUGAUCGUGGCGAUGCCUCGCUACAAACCGGGCGUGCCCUUCACCUUGGGUGUCAUGUCCCUGAAGACAAAGGAUUGCGCGCCGAAGGUGACACCGUUCCCCUGUUGGGCGAUUCAGGAGGAGGGCAACUGCCAGGCCCUCCAGAGCGUCGUGGACAUAACUCUGGACAUUCAGGAAAUCCUGUGGGUAUUGGACGUUGGUAUCGUAAACACUUUGGAGCAACCGAUACGCAGAUGCCCUCCGAAGGUCGUCGGAAUUAACGUCAAGACCGGAAAGGUUGUGAAGGUGAUCGACCUGAGUAACUUGGUGAACGACUUGUCUCGUUUGCAAUAUCUGACGAUCGAUUACGCGGAAGACGGGCAAGUGUACGUGUACAUAACCGACGCCGCUUCCAAAUCCAUCAUUGUUUACAACGUCACCGCGGAUAAAGGAUACAGAGUAAUCCUUCCUAACGCCGUCACCUUCGGUGUUGACCGAAAGGAUGUUCUCUACUUGACGUUGGUGAAGAAGAGCUGCGGAACCCCGGUGGUGUAUUUCACUUAUCUGGGAUCCAACAGGCUUUUCGCGAUCAAGGCCGAGAACCUGAGGAAAGGUCUCACCCAAGGAGCGGUCCUAGAUGUCGGUCCGAAGCAACAGAAGCUGGUUCUCCUUGGCAGUGACAACGGCUGCGCCAUUUUCUUCAGAUACAAGGGCGAGUCCGAUAUCUACAUGUGGAACAGCGAGACGCCCUUCAAUCCGGAGAACUUCGUUCUAGUGCAAAAGGGCAACGAUUGCCGACUGGCAACCCAGGUUGUUCCUGGAUAUAAGAGGCUUAUGUGGGUUAUCGAGAGUAACUUCCAGGAUUAUAUUCAGAACACCGUGAGUUGCUCGGGUGCUUCCGUGGCCAUUCAUCCCUUGGUCAAAUCUUGCGAAGAGUAGAAGCUGCUUGUCUCGAGAGCUUCUUCCUCAGGACCACUACGGCACGCGAUUAUACACAAAACUCGAUGCUUAAGCAGAAAUUGAAAUCGAUUAGUUUUGGAAUGUGUUCAGAAUUCGACGCGUUAGAUGCGAAAAAUGAUACCUACACGUUUAUUUAUGGCAAUGGAGAUACGAUAAUAAUUAAUUAGCGCGAGGUGUACAUUUUUCCGUAUUUUUAGCAUCGAAGAUACGUGAUUUCAGAGUAAAAUUAUAUAUUGGUUCUAAUUUCGACUUCUGCGUAGAUAGAACAGUUAAUGUCACGUUGUAUUUUUUCUCGCGUCCGAAAAAACAAUUACUCGGAUGACGUUUCUUAUAAUAAUUGUGACAUUGGUUGUUCAAGCAAUCAAAUAUUAAGUUUGAAGAAAAAUAGAAAAACCGAAUUCUAUUUUGUCGCUGAUCUAGUCAUGUAAUCGGCAGUUGUUCGCGCCUUGAUUCUUUAGAUAGCAAAUGUAAUUUGCGAAUUAAUUACUUAAUGUAGAUGUUGAAGCAAUCAAUCAUGUAUUUAAAUAAUUAGCGUAUUUAGUUUUAUCACGAAUUAAUAUAGCCUUGACCGAUGAGAGAUUUUUACAAAUCUCCAUUUACUCUACACAAUCCAUGAUUACUUGUAAUCGUGGAUCAGUUUACUUGGACAAAUCGACCAGUGGCAAAAUUAUACUUGUAUGGCAUCGAUGUACCAUUUAAAUCGACGCCGACAAACAGUUUUCACAACACGUGAUUGUUUAGAAAUUACAGUUAUUUACUUCUGCCCUUGUUAUCUUGCCAAUGAAAAUGAUUUAUUAGCAUGUAAUAAAGUUAAUACGUUGACACCUUGUAA